UAAUAAAAAAUAUUAUUAAAAAAAGUGAAAAAAAGAAAAAAAACACUGCAAUCUCUAAACAGUAAAUGGAGCUCAGUUAUUAAACAUUCUCCUUUACUUUUGACCACGUUUUCUCCACUGCAGACAUGGACAGACACAACCAGACGACACUGACAGAAUUCCUUCUCCUGGGACUCUCUGGGCAUUUAGAGCAGGAAGACGUUCUCUUUGGGCUGUUCUUGGGGAUGUACUUGGUCACCAUCAUUGGGAACUUGCUCAUCAUGUUGGCCAUCAGCGGGGACAGUCAUCUCUACACCCCCAUGUACUUCUUCUUGGCUAACCUCUCUUCUGUCGACAUCUGCUUUUCAUCAGUCACAAUCCCCAAGAUGCUGGUGAAUCACAUACUGGGAAGCAAGUCUAUCUCUUAUGUGGAAUGCAUGACCCAGAUCUACUUCUUCAUCACUUUCCCCAACAUGGAUGGGCUCCUCCUCAGUGUGAUGGCCUAUGACCGUUACGUAGCCAUCUGUUGCCCACUCCACUACACCAUGAUCAUGAAGCCCAAACUCUGUAUCCUUCUGGUGGUGGCAUCGUGGGUCGUUACAAACCUGCAUGCUCUCCUGCACACUCUUCUCAUGGUCCAACUCACAUUUUGUUUCAACAAUACUGUGCAUCAUUUUUUCUGUGACCCCUAUGCAAUUCUAAAGCUGUCUUGUUCUGAUACCUUUAUCAAUGACCUGAUGGUAUUCACUGUGGGGGGACUGAUAUUUCUGACACCGUUUACAUGCAUCAUUCUCUCAUAUGCUUGUAUCCUCUCCAAAGUACUGAAGUUGCCAUCUGCCCACGGAAUAAGGAGAGCCUUGUCCACAUGUGGAUCCCACCUCACUGUGGUCUCCCUCUUCUACGGGGCAAUCCUGGGGGUGUAUAUGCGCCCUUCAUCCUCCUACUCGGUCCAAGACACGGCGGCCACUGUCAUCUUCACAGUGGUGACUCCCCUGGUCAAUCCCUUCAUCUACAGUCUGAGAAAUCAGGACAUGAAGGGAGCCUUAAGGAAACUAGUUAUUAGGAGACUAAUUUUGUCAAGACUCUAGAAUGAGAAAAUUUGAGAGCGAAAAAGCCUACUGGAAACUAUAUAUUUCUUAAUUUUUCAAAAGAAAGUGAGGCCCAGAUAGGUUCAAAGUCCACCUGUAACUAUUUAUCUAAUUGGUGGCCACGAUCAUGUUUUAAAAUGAGGCUGACAGGUGCUCAUAAGUCAUAAAAUUGUUCAUUUGUUACUUCUAGGCCGAUCCUAUGACCCUCAUUAUAUAGAUCAAAACCAGACUGAGCCCUGGGUGAAUGACGUGAU